GUUGAUCGACGUCUAAAGCCACCAGUGAUAUUUAGAAAAAGAAAAACAUUAAUCUCCAACUUUUCGUUGAUGGCGGCUGUUGUGUAUCGAAUGAAUGAGCUCCAGUGCGCAUGUGCGAUUUCCGGACCAUAAACAACGCUUGCAUGGGAACAAUCACUUGACGCAGAUGAGAAAAAAUGAAAAACCAAAGACAAAUUACCUAAAGCGUUAUAUACGAUGGUGUGGGAAGUAAAGACUCCCCAGAGGAGCAACGGUGGCAGUAGUAGGCAGACCAUCACAGAGAGAGGUUUAGAGACAGGAAGGGAACAGGGCUUGAACCUGCUUCAGUGUGAUGAAGACCCGCCCUCCUCCCCUGGAUGCCACACUAGUGACAGGCACAUGGAAUAUGAUGACCUCCCAGAGCUGCAGGAGGUGGAGGAGGACCUGACAGCCACUGUCGUGUUUGAGGUGGGUGCUGGGUUGUCCCACCAGGAGCGAGACCCACACACAAACUCCCGCUUGCCGGGACCACCGGACACACGCUGGCUCACACAGCUAGCGCACAUUGCCACAAGCCCCCAGAGUCCCCUUCUAGAAGGCUCCGCCCAGGUCGUCAGCUCAACACCCAUCCACAUGGUUGGCUCUAGCAAUAACCUUCAUUCUUACGCCCGACCUCCCCACACCCAACCUCAGCUGACCUCCAGCAGCCUGUCACCUGGUGGAGGACACACAGAACGCAGCGGGAGAGCCAGGGCCAGCAGUGAGUGUGGGUCGGUUGUGUCCUGCCGGUCCUCUAUCUCCGAUGACGAGGACAUGGGUUGGAGCCACUCGUGGCCUCCUACUGCUUGGCACUGUUUCCUCAAAGGCACCCGUCUGCGUUUCCAUAAAGGUGCUACUGUGGAGUGGCAGGACGCUGAGGACCUGGAGUCUGAGGAUGAGUCAGGCGAUGAGGCUACAUCUCAUCCUCUGAAGGGUUAUGGCCUUGAUGGCCUGAGGUUGGUGUCCCACACAGAGAGCCGGGCAUUUGGCCAAUCUGUCCUCAAGCUAACCUUUGACCCCGUUGCCUGUGGGGAGGGGCUUCUUUCUGCAGAGUGUCAGCUGGACCACCCGUUCUUUGUCAGAAACAAAGGCUGGUCAUCAUUCUACCCCAGUCUGACAGUGGUGCAGUAUGGGAUACCAUGCUACGAGGUAACCGUGGGAGAUGUGUGUCUGCCUCCUGGACACAGAGACGCUGCCCACACCGAUGACUCUGUUGUGUUUGACACAUUCAGGAGCUAUGACUUUACUCCGCUGGAUUCGUCCGCUGUGUACGUUCUGAGCAGUAUGGCCCGGCAGCGUAGGAACUCCCAGUCCAGUGGAGGCGCCGUUAGCCCAGACCGAGACAGACGCUGUAGCAGGCCAAUCAGAAGCCAGCAGGGCUCAGGAGCAGCCCUGCCCACAAAGUGCAAGCGGCCAAUGAAUGCCUUCAUGCUAUUCGCCAAGAAGUUUAGGCUGGAGUACACCCAGAUGUACCCUGGGAAGGACAAUAGAGCCAUCAGCGUAAUUCUUGGGGAGAAGUGGAAGAAGAUGCGCGGAGAGGAGAGGAGGAUGUACACCCUGGAGGCCAAGGCUCUGGCGGAGGAGCAGAAGAGACUCAACCCCGACUGCUGGAAACGCAAAAGAAACAACUCUGGUUCCCAGGGGAACUAGGAGGUGCAGACGCAGAAGAAAGAGAUGACAAAGGAGAAGAGAAAAAAGAUAAGGGGACAUGGACACAUAUGAAAAAGACUUACUGGUGCGAAUACAUACACAUGCUUUAGAGCCGGCUAGCUUUCCUAUAACUUCACAAUAAUGAGGUGACAGAGUACCGAAUCAUGUAAGUAAAAAUAUAUACAGUAUAAUGUAUUUUACCAAACCUGCUUGGAUGCAAUAUCUAUUUUUGUGCCCUACUAGCUUUCAACCUUCACAAAUAAUUUUGUAAUAAUUUUAGGUAAGCUAUAUUUAUACUGACCGCGCUUACCUAUGAUAAUAUAUUUUUUCAAACCAAGUUAAUGUUAAUCCUUUUUAUGAAUUACAUUUAUUUUUAGAUAAUUUCAUACUUUAACUUGAUGGCUAUGAAACCCUGUUGAAUUGUAUAGUAGUGAAGGGAGGUGAAUUCCACCAGAAAGGAAUAUAGGGAAAUUUAAAAGGCUUCCCCUUUUCUUAAUGCCUAUUUUUGUUGAACUCUGUGUAUUAUUAUAAAAAAAUAAUAAUAAUGUGGGUGGAUGGGAUAUGUUGAACAUGACUCUUGCUCUAUUCCUAAUUUGACUUCUACCACCUAGGCACUUAUAGUGCAACCUCUGGUCAAAUCACA